UCCUCCGGAUCUGUCAGCUCAGCUGUUUUCUCCUGCAGAGAUCUCCAACACCAGUCAAACUACUAAAACACGGCCAAACACCCGGUUUGGAGACCGCUUCACUCGGAACCAGCUGAAGUGCAGGAGAUAAGUCGGGAUGCAGCCGGGCACGGUGUUUAUGUCCGGGAGGGCGUCGAGGUGAAGGUUCAAAACCUCCCAACUGGACCGGAUCAAGGCUUGGAUUGACUAUCCUUCCGAGCCGAAGUGACGUCCGGACAGUUUCAAGUUUGAGGACUUUUAAAACUUUCCAUUUGAAAGUACACAGCCGAGGUCAGAGGCGAGGAGGUCUUAAAUCCACAGUUUUUUAAAUGGGAUUCUGCUCGGAGAGUUUUCACGGAGACACUUAAGGGAACGUUUGAUUCGCUCAGCUGGGUCUCCCCGUCGUCUGAAGUUGGACGGAGUUUGCAGACGGAGUUUGCAGACGGAGUUUGCAGACGGAGUUUGCAGACGGAGUUUGCAGACGGAGUUUGCAGACGGAGUUUGCAGACGGAGUUUGCAGACGGAGUUUGCAGACGGAGUUUGCAGACGGAGUUUGCAGACGGAGUUUGCAGACGGGGGUGUCUCACCAGGAUGCCGUCCAACAAGUCGGUGUCCGACGCUCCCAUCACUCAGUUCAUCAACUGCAGAGUCCUGAGAGACCACGUGCUGCAGAGAGACGACCUGUGGGUGCGCGAGGGGAAGAUCCUGGACCCGGAGAAGCUGUUCUUCGAUGAACAGGGAUACGCCGACCGACGCGUGGACUGUGAAGGCAGCAUCAUCGCACCGGGCUUCAUCGACGUGCAGAUCAACGGAGGCUUCGGAGUCGACUUCUCCCAGCCGUCCGAGGACGCCGGCGCCGGCGUCUCGUUGGUGGGCGGGAGGAUCCUGGAGCACGGCGUGACGUCGUUCCUGCCGACGCUGGUCACCUCUCCGGCGGACGUCUACCACAAGGUUUUACCUCAGGUCAAAGUUCACAGCGGGGGACGACACGGCGCGGGAGUUCUCGGUUUCCACCUGGAGGGUCCGUUCAUCAGCGUGGAGAAGCGAGGAGCCCACCCGGAGAAAUACCUGCGCACCUUCCGGUCCGGGGGCGUGGCCGACCUGAUGGAGGCCUACGGCGGCCUGGACCACGUCGCCAUGGUGACGCUGGCUCCCGAGCUCAGCAGCAGCCAGUCCGUGGUGCAGGAGCUCUGCCGGAGGGGCGUCACCGUGUCGCUAGGUCACUCGGUGGCGAACCUGCAGCAGGCGGAGGACGCGGUCCGUCACGGCGCGUCCUUCAUCACCCACCUCUUCAACGCCAUGCUGCCCUUCCACCACCGUGACCCGGGCAUCGUGGGCCUGCUGACCAGCGACCAGAUCCCUGCAGGGAGGACGGUUUACUACGGCAUGAUCGCUGACGGGAUCCACACCAACCCCGCCGCCCUCCGGAUCGCUCACAGAGCUCACCCCUCAGGGCUGGUGUUGGUGACAGACGCCAUCGCCGCCAUGGGUCUCCCUCCGGGGCGCCACACUCUGGGCCAGCAGGUCAUCGAGAUCCAGGGGUUCCACGCCUACGUGGCAGGCACCAAGACCCUGAGCGGCAGCAUCGCCACCAUGGACAUGUGUGUGCGUCACUUCAGGCACGCCUCAGGCUGCCGGGUGGAGGAAGCUCUGGAAGCCGCCUCGCUUCAUCCCGCCCAACUCCUGGGGAUCAGCCACAGGAAGGGCCAGCUGGACUACGGCUCGGAUGCAGACCUGGUUCUGCUGGAUGACCAGCUCAAUGUCAGAGCCACGUACAUCUCUGGAGAGGAGGUUUGGAGGAAAGGGCCGUAGGAGAAGAAGUGGAGGGCUCAGCUGGGACUCUCGUGCCUUCAUGUCACAUAAAAGACAUGUUUUAUUACUUCAGUGGAAAAGAAGCUGCAAACACAGUUUUCUAAGAACUUUACUGGUGUUGAACUGAUCACAAUGAUGUUUAUCACAUGUAUGUGUCUGAUUGGAUUCAUUUUUACCGUCACAGA